GCGGUUGGGGUGGGCGGCCGUUGCUGGGUAACCACGGGCGGCUGUGGUUGUUACGCAGGUUGCGUGUGUGUGGGCGCGCGCGCGCGCGACCGGGACUUGCCAUAAAGCGCGCAACCGUAAAAUCUUCCCCCUCAGCCUGUUUCCCGUCGCUAUUAGGCGCAAAAUGCCGUGAGCGGCGCCCGGUCGGUUGGUCGGUCGGUCGUGAGGAAGGAAGGAAGGAAGAGAAGGAGGGAGGAAAGAAAGAAGGAAAGAAAGAAAGAAAGAGAAGGGGAGGGGGCGACCCGGCUCCGUCCCAUGCUCCGUCGUCGGGGGCGACGGCGGCGGGAGGCCCUUUCCUUCCCCUCCCCCUUCAUGCGGGGCCCGGGCAGGGGCCGCGCCGGAGACUCCCUCGCCCGCCGACAUGGCCAGGAAAACAGUUAGCAGGAAGAGGAGAGCGGCCGCCCCCGCAGUGGGGCCCGGAGGAGAGCAGUAUGGCUGGGAUCACUCAGCCCACAAAAGGAAGCGGCUCCCCCCAGUUAAAAGGUCACUGGUGUGCUACCUAAAAGGAAGAGAGGUGCGGAUGCAGAAUGAGUCCAGCUACUACCGACUGUUGCAUGGAUAUGCAGCCCAGCAACUGCCUGGUCUCCUGAAGGAAAGAGAAUUUCAUCUUGGGACCCUUAAUAAAGUGUUUGCAUCUCAGUGGCUGAAUCACCGGCAAGUAGUGUGUGGGACAAAAUGCAACACAUUGUUCGUGGUCGAUGUCCAGACUGGUCAGAUUACCAAGAUUCCCAUUUUGAAGGAUCGGGAACCUGACAUGGUGAACCAGCAGGGCUGUGGGAUUCAUGCCAUUGAGCUGAACCCUUCAAGGACCCUCUUGGCAACUGGAGGGGACAACCCAAACAGCCUUGCAAUUUAUCGUCUGCCUACUCUUGAUCCUGUCUGCGUGGGAGAUGAUGGCCACAAAGACUGGAUAUUUUCUAUUGCAUGGAUCAGUGACACCAUGGCUGUUUCUGGUUCCCGAGAUGGAUCAAUGGGGCUCUGGGAAGUGACAGAUGAAGUCCUAGCAAAGAGCGAUGCAAGACGCAACUUGUCUCGAGUUCCUGUCUAUGCUCACAUAACACACAGGGCUCUGAAGGACAUCCCCAAAGAGAAUACUAAUCCGGACAACUGCAAGGUUCGGGCUCUUGCUUUCAACAAUAAGAACAAGGAGCUGGGAGCUGUGUCCCUGGAUGGAUAUUUCCACCUCUGGAAAGCCGAACACACACUUUCAAAGCUGCUGUCAACAAAGCUACCAUACUGCAGGGAGAAUGUGUGUCUGGCCUAUGGUCAGGAGUGGUCUGUGUACGCAGUUGGAUCUCAGGCACAUGUCUCUUUUCUGGAUCCAAGGCAGCCUUCUCACAACGUUAAGUCCGUCUGUUCCAGGGAGCGAGGCAGUGGUAUUCGCUCUGUGAGCUUUUAUGAACACAUCAUCACAGUGGGGACAGGGCAGGGUUCCUUGCUGUUCUACGACAUCCGAGCCCAGCGAUUCCUGGAUGAGAAGCCACCACACAGUUGCUAUGGAACAAAAUUAGGAGGAAGUGAAAUUCUUAAGUUGUCAACUGGCAAAGGUUGGCUGAAUCAUGAUGAAACCUGGCGGAAUUACUUCUCGGACAUCAGCUUCUUCCCGAACGCUGUUUACACCCACUGCUACGACUCGUCUGGCACAAAACUCUUCGUGGCAGGAGGCCCCCUCCCGUCUGGACUCCAUGGGAACUAUGCUGGUCUCUGGAGCUAAUAGCUUCCUUUCCAAACAAGGAGUACUUUAAAGUUAUUCUACACAGGUGAAUACAAGCUGGAAAAAGCUACAUUGGAGUUAAAGUCUGGGCAAGAUACUAGUUUCCUGAUCAAUUUCUGCUUAUGUAGCUUUUUAGCAAUACCUUCACCUAUUUUUUUUAAACUAAUUUGGAUUUAAUACUUUCUACAUGUAUUCUUGAAUCUUUCCAAUCAUGCUCUACUCUAGAAGAGAAUACUACUAUUAGGCCUUUAAAGGAUGUCCCCAGAAUGUAAUUUUGAAGCUCAAAUAAGGAACAUAUCCUUUAGCACAUUUCUUACCUGAGCUAGGUGCAUCUCUGUCACAGAUCACACAACAGCAGUUUGAUAUUUGGAAGCUGAGAGGGGAUAGCAGUUUACUGCACUUGGAGCCUCUUCACUUGUAAAUUUGAAAGGAGAAUUACUGUAGAACUAAAAUAAAGCAGGCAUAGUUUUUCUGUAUGAUAAGGCAUAGCAGUGAUUUCCAGACAGCAGUAAGAUAUUCAUACAUAAUAUUUAUUAGUUAAAUGUAUGUCCUGCCUUUCCUCCCAGAAGGGGCCCAUUAAUAUUUCAACAUUUACAUACUAGAUCAAAACAAUAAAAAAUCAAGAAACAGAAUUAAAUUUGUUAAAGUAGGUAAAUGUAACCAAAUAUUUUAUUAAAGGGGAUUAUAAUGCUGUCUUAAGACAUAUUUAUUGAACGCCUGGAGGUAUAAGAUGGUGUUAUUUUCAGAUUUGUCCUUAAAAAAUUACUGCAACGUUGAGGUUUUCAUCUCCUGUCUGUGUGCUUGGGCCUUAAAUAAUUGCUGUUGGUCUCUAUUCUGUCCCUUUAUCCAUACGCCAAAAAGUUACAAGUAUCCUAUAAACCCUUGCAAUGAGAGAGAAGGUGCCGUCUUAGAAAAAUGCAGUUGAUGCAAAUAUUUCUGUUCAGGAGAAGUUGCACACUGUCCUCUAACUGUCCAAAUGAUCUUUCUGAAAGAUCCCAGGGGCCGUGGCAAAUGCGAAGUCAGCAGUGAGGAAUUAUGAACCCUAUGGCAAUGACUUUUUUUACCUGCCCUUCACUAUAGGAUCUUGGGGUGUGUUACAACAGUGUAAUACACAAUUAUAAAAACAGAUUGAAUGUAACAAUAAUAAAACAAGUAAAACCAUUCCAAGUGGAACAGAACUGUAUAAAUUUAGCAAAAGAGUUGGGUCCCACAAAACAAAAGCCUUAACUGUCAAAGGGGAAUGUAAAGACGUGUGUCUUCAGUAUAUGGUGAAAGCUGUACAAUGCAGAUGCCAGGCACACCUCUGUGGGGAGGGAGUUCUACAACGUAGGACUUCCCAUCACCCAGGCUGCCAUUGCCUGAACUUCCAGGGGUGGUGGAACUACAAAGAGAGCCCUCUCUGCAGAAGGCCAGUAGAGAUGGAGACAAUCGGAUAUUUGGGACCUAAGUCAUUUAGGGCUUUAAACACUGACAGUAAGCUGCCAAUGUGAGUGCACCUUUUAGAGCCAUAGGUCCCCAGGAGUAGAAGAACAGCAUUAGCAUGUCAAUUCAGGUUUCAUGGGGGAGCAGGAGGAAAAACACUUGGAACCACAAGCCUGAUCUUCAAAACAUCAAAAGGUGAACUGAGAAAAAAAACACGCCCUCCAAAUCAGUGUGUGUUUAAGAACUACUGCUUGUUAGAGGCUUAGCAGUGUUAAAUCACCACAAGUCUUUUGUUUUUUGCUUUUUAAGCAAAGAGUUUUUUUGCCUUUGGUGUAUGUUUAGUCUUGCAAUGUGUAAAAAAAAAAAAAAAAAACCACAGUGAAUUUUUAAAAUUAAAUAUAUUUCUUAGUUGCUUUUUAUCAAAAGAUUCCAGGGUGGUUUAUAAAAGUGUGAUCAAGAUUCACACAAUAUCAAAUACACACUAAAGCCAACAAACAAAAUACACCCCCCCAAUGAAUGUAUCCGCUAAAUGAGUGAAUGCAUAAAAUGGCUUCAGUUGAACUUCCUCUUCUUUUACAUGCCCCCCAGUAGAUUUUGAAGGUUGCAUUCCGCAGAGCAGAUAUGGGCACAUGGGGGGAGCAAAGAGAGGGGAAGUUUGGUUGCUCUUGCAGAAGUUCUGCGCACGCAAUGAUUUUGUUAGAUACAGACAAGCACAGCCUGUCCCCUCAGAAUAAAAGACAAUUCCCUCAAAUAAUUUCCACUCUUAAAAGUGCCUGGACACAUAGGAAGAUCUUCACCUGAAGGGUGAUUUGCAUAUUGCAUAUGCUGAUGGAACAUAGGAAGCCUUAGCUAGUCUUGGACCCCUGGCUAGCAGCUCUGUGAUAUGCCUGUUUCCAAAAUAUAUGUGCCAUUUGCAUGGCAUGUUUUUCACUUUUUAUAUUUAAUAACGUCUUAGCCGUAUAGUUGUAUUCACUGGUGUUGGUCAGCCGAUGGUAAAGCUUCUGUCAGUGGAAUAGGGAGGAGAGCAGUUUUCUGCAAACCCUACUUCACCCUGUAGACCUCUCCUAAAUCUGCUCCAAAAGAGUGGGGGAUGUUUUGGAGCAGAUUUAGGGGAGGCACAGAGAGGAGGUGGAAUUGCCAAAAUGGUUUCCCUUCCCAUUCCACGGAUGGAAGCCGACCGUCAUGUAAGUAACACUGUUGGACACAACCCAUUCACUUUAAAAAGGAGUGUGAAACUGUUCCUAAGUUGAACAAAGAGAGAGGCACUUCCGAAAAAUAAUCACAACUACUUUGCCAAUGCAGACUAUAUCAUUUCCCCAGCCUUCCCUAAACAGUGUCCCUUUGAAGAAUGUUUCCCUGCAGUUCCAUUAAGUAUAAAUGAAUGUUUACAUCUGGGUGCUGGAUCUUAAACCUCAUUAAACUUGUACUUUUAAAAAUUGGCCUGUGCACCUGGUCAACUCUUAUUCAUAGUCUCCCACAGUCUCAGGGUUAUAUGUCACUACAGUUUUCAUCCAAAUAAUAAUACAAAGGACCAAUUGGAGGUUAACGUGCCUUUCUCCUAUGGUACCUUGAUCUUUGCAAAGCUACCUACAACAGGAUUUGCUGUUUGUCACCGUCUUUGAUCUGGAUAUUUAUUUUGUCUUUUUUUAUUAAAAAAUAAUAAUGAAA